AGUUUCAUGGCGGUUUUUUGGGUCGUCAGUGGUUUUUCUCUUUUCUUUUCUUUUCAGAACGAGGAAUGGCUGUAUUUUCCUUUAAAAGUUUCAACAACCUCUCAGAGCAUUUAUGACGGUUCCUCUGAAAGGGUUCAGAGAGUAAGAGACAUGGUGCAGAAUGAAGAACCAGUCUGGCCUUACUAACUGCUCUUCAAUGCCAUUCACCUAUAAAUCCCCCUCUACAUUACUCCAUUUCGUACCACUUUCAGACUUACACACUCCUUUUUCCCUCUUUCAAUUCCUUUGCUUGUCGCUUCCUCGUUCUUUUCAAUCCUCAACAUCUCUCUUUUCCCCCAUCAUCAACUCCAUUUUCUUAAACUCUCAGUCUGGGUUUUUCUCCUUUUAGGUUUCAGAUUCACACCCAGUAUUUUUCAGGUUCGUUUUGUAACAAAGUUUCUUCGUUUUCUUGCUUCUUUUCCUUUCCAGGAAGAACAUAUUUUCCCAUUCAGCUAGACCUGCAUUGUUAGCUAGCUAGCUCCGAAGUUAUAAACAUACACUCGAUCUCCAACGGCUCUUUUAGUUUACUUCAAUUCUUGUAAGAAAGUGGUUUCCCGGUAAAAGAUUUUCCCGGAAUUUCAGUGUUCGUAGUUUCAAUUCACUACUCUUGGGUUGAUUAAAAUACAUGGAUAUAUCCACAGCUUUACUGCUUCUAACGGCUAUCACGGUUUAUCUACUAUGGUUCACAUUCAUCUCGCGGUCGUUGAAGGGUCCGCGUGUCUGGCCCCUGUUGGGCAGUCUACCUGGCUUGAUUGAGAACUGUGAUCGCUUGCAUGACUGGAUCUGUGACAACCUCCGCGCGUGUGGUGGCACGUACCAGACCUGCAUCUGUGCGAUUCCUUUCCUGGCCAAGAAGCAAGGCCUCGUGACCGUCACGUGCGACCCCAAAAACGUAGAGCACAUACUGAAGACCCGGUUCGAUAAUUACCCCAAGGGGCCCACGUGGCAUGCUGUGUUCCAUGAUCUGCUUGGUGAUGGGAUUUUCAACUCCGAUGGUGACACGUGGCUGUUUCAGAGGAAGACUGCUGCACUGGAAUUCACCACCAGGACGUUGCGCCAAGCCAUGGCUCGGUGGGUUAGCAAAGCCAUCAAGGAAAGGCUGUGCCUGAUUCUCGAGACGGCUCAGCUUGAAGCCGAGCCGCUUGAUCUUCAGGACUUGCUGCUUCGGCUCACUUUCGACAACAUAUGCGGCUUGGCUUUCGGGAAGGACCCGCUUACGUGCGCCCCUGGGCUCCCCAACAACAGCUUCGCUUCGGCUUUUGAUCGAGCCACUGAAGCCUCGCUUCAGCGCUUUAUUUUGCCUGAGGUUUUAUGGAUGCUCAAGAAAUGCCUUGGGCUUGGGAUGGAAGUCAGCUUGAGCCGAAGCCUGGUACACAUCGAGGAGUAUCUAUCCACCGUGAUAGACGCCCGUAAGCUCGAGUUGCUGAGUCAGCACAAAGAUGGGAACCCACACGAUGAUUUGCUCUCAAGGUUCAUGAGGAAAAAAGAAUCCUACUCGGACGCGUUCCUGCGAAGCGUGGCACUCAAUUUCAUCCUAGCUGGACGUGACACGUCAUCGGUGGCCCUGAGCUGGUUCUUUUGGCUGGUGAUCCAAAACCCAAGAGUGGAAGAGAAAAUCCUAAUCGAAAUCUGCACCGUCCUGAUCGAGACACGUGGAGACGACGUGGCGAAGUGGGUGGACGAGCCGUUAGGGUUUGAGGAAGUUGACCGUUUGAUAUACUUAAAAGCGGCAUUGUCAGAAACCCUGAGGCUUUACCCAUCAGUACCUGAGGACUCAAAGCACGUCGUGGCAGAUGACGUGUUGCCGGACGGUACGUUUGUCCCGGCCGGGUCGUCGGUGACGUAUUCCAUAUAUGCUACAGGGAGGAUGAGGUCCACGUGGGGUGAAGAUUGCCUAGAGUUUCGCCCAGAAAGGUGGUUGUCUCCAGAUGGUAACAGGUUCAUAAUGCAUGACUCUUAUAGAUUUGUUGCGUUUAAUGCUGGCCCCAGGAUUUGCUUAGGCAAGGAUUUAGCUUACUUGCAAAUGAAGUCGAUCGCGGCGGCGGUGUUGCUCCGCCACAAGCUGACGGUGGCGGCGGGCCAUAAGGUGGAGCAGAAGAUGUCAUUGACGUUGUUCAUGAAAUAUGGGCUUAAGGUUAAUGUGCAGUGUAGGGAGUUAGGAGGAAUUGCGGCAAGCUUGAAGACGGAGAGGGAGGAGGGAGAGUUGCAUGGGGAAGGGUCUCUUGCCGUUAAGUGUAACGGCGGUACUCGUGACGGAGUUGAUGAAUGUGGUGGUAGUAGUGAAGUCGUAGUUGGGGUAAUUGCCUAAGGGUUUGGUGGCGUAGUGAAUGAAAAAUUAAGAGUGGUGGAGCCCAUGAGAGGUGAGCCGAAGGGGAAAUAAAUAUAUAACUUCCGUCUGAUUUUCGUCGGCUUGAGUUGUCGUGCCAUUAUGAUGUUGUUCCCUCGAAUUAAAGCACGUAAAGGAUCGGAAUAGAGGUUUUCAUAUUAUAUACACAGUACUAUAUAAAUAAUUUUAUAUAUAUAUUAUAUGAUUGAAGAGAGAGUGUACUGAGAGAGAGAGAAAGAGAUCGAUGUUGGAAAUUCCAUAAAUACUACAUGUUGUUGCCUAGUUAAUUAAAUGUAUCGAUUUAAUUUGUUUA